CCAUGGAUUCUUCGAAGAUUCAAGCUCCAAAAAUGAUUAUAAACCGACACUGGCUGUCCUACUCAGAGACUGAAGACUGUCCAUCGCAUGAGGAGCGUGUUGAUGUCGCCGGCCAAAAGUCACGAACAGCCCAACAACCUGAAGACAAUCUGUCAGUGAGUGAACAUUUCUCUGGUGGAGUGCAGAGAGGAAAUGAAGCCUAGCUGCAAAUUCAGGCUGGAAAACGUCUGCCUCACCUGCUCCACCCAAUGCUCUCCGCCUCCAACCUCAGCGCUGCACCUCGACCCAGCGUGUUCAAUCACCAAUCAAGCUCAGCUUAUAAGGAUCUACACCCACGCCGUCAGCCGCUCUCCAGCUGUGCUCAACUGGUACGCAUUUCAAUGCCUGACUUCGAGUCCGAUGUUCCUCUCGGUUCUCCGGUCGCCCUCGCGGGGAUCUGGGUACCCUUUCCUCCUCUCCUGUUAGGCGUAGCACUCGUUUGGCUAUGCGCCCAGGUCUCCUGUCUCCUGCUUCCUUCCCUAAAUCGAAUAGAAUCUCCCUUACCCCUGGCCUUUGAACUCCACAAGUGGCUUCACUAGCGGCUCUCCUCCCACUCAACGACUCCUCUCCGUCUCCUUUGCCACCGUCUACUCCUCAUCCCCCUCCUCCAGUCAGCAGGAAGAGAACCUGCAAGUCUUCCGAAAAGCGUUGCAAGAGAUUCUUAUCAUGCUUACUCAAGCGGUUUCCUGCCACCUAUGUGGCAUCGCAGACCAUCAAAGCGCCUUCUGCCCCUCUCUCCCUUUCAAGUCUGGUCUGUCCGCCGCAGCUCCUCCGUAGCCGCUCCUUAAAUCAAACCCGAUUGAUCGUUAUGGCAGACAAGUGCAGGUUCAUCAUAACAUGCCCAUUUCCAAUAAUUUUAUUGAGAGCUUUUACUCAUUUCCUAAUUGUGCUUUCCUCCAUGUAUGGAGCUUUUGCAGAGACGCCCAUCCCAAGUCGGUUUGCCCCCGCCGCACCUUUCCCGGCAGGAGCCAUCGAGGCUCCAGGAAUUAGUUUCUCGCUUUCUCACCACCCCCAUCCAUGUUCCCGUAUUAGCUUCUCUAUUGAUCCAUCACCCUGAUUGUUCGUUCGUUGAUUUUCUUAUCAUUGGUCUCACUCUGGAUUUUUUAUAGGCUUACCCCAGCUCCCUGCUCUGGUCCUCCCUAAUCUUCAGUCAGCAUUAAGCGAUCCGAACGCUGUCUCUCAAUUAUUGCAGAAAGAAGUGUCUAAGGGUUAAGUCAUCGGCCCCUGCGCUUCUCCCCCCUUUUCCCACUUUUGCAUUAACCCACUCGGAGUCACAGUUUGCAAAUAUUCAGGGAAGAAACGCCUGAUUCCAGACUUAUCUGCGCCUCAUUCCAGUUCCCACCUCAGCAUUAUUCCAAAGCAACCCUUUUCUCUUCAUUAUGCCACUAUAGAUCACGCUGUCGCGCUGAUAAAAUCAGCUGGUCCGGGUGCGUGGCUGGCUAAAGCCGACAUCACUGACGCUUUUAAGAUCAUGCCGGUACAUCCCUCCCAAUGUCAUCUGCUGGGCCCUAAAUGGGACACUAAGUUCUAUUUUUUUGUGCGUUUUACUUUUGGAUGCAGAAGCAGCCCUGGUCUCUUAAAUUCAUUAUCCGAAGCACAAUGCUGGAUCCUUCUGAACGUCAUCAAACUUCCCUGCGUGUUCCAUCUUCUUGACGACUUUCUGCUUAUCGAUCCACCCUCUCACUCUUCCCGCUCACUAUCCAAACUGAAAGAUCUUUUCAAUCAUGUCGACGUUCCUCACUCCAAAGAAAAAACUGUCGGUCCAACAAAAAUUUUGGAAUUUCUGGGCAUCAUACUAGAUUCCAAAGAAAUGGUAACUACUCUGACGGCCGAUAAACUAUCUCAGAUUCGUGAGAUUUCUCAAGCUUACCUGUCUGCCGCGACCCUUUCCAAGCGUCAGCUUCUAUCUCUGCUUGGGCAUCUCAACUUCGCCAUGCGCAUAAUCCGUCAGGGGCGCCCUUUCAUUUCUCAGCUGCUCGAUCUAGCGAAUUCAGUUCCUUCCUUAUUCGAUCAGGUUGUUUUAGACGCCGGCUGCCGCUCCUAUCUCUGGAACGGCAUCUCUUUUUUUUAUGAUGACGCCAUUCUCUCGGCAGAUUCCAUGCAGUUUUUCACGGACGCUGCCCCAUCCGCAGGUUUUGGGGGCUUUUUUCAGGGCAGCUGGUUCACAGAGAAAUGGCCCCAUUCGAUUCCAAAGUCGGAGUCUUCUGCCUUUGAUGAAAUUGUUCCUGCAGCCUGCUGCCUUUGGGGAAGGCAGUGGAAAAGUAAGCACAUUGUAGCUUUCUGUGAUAAUGCAGCAGUCAUCAAAGCUAUUAACAAAGGCCGCUUCCUCUUCCAAAUCUAUCAUGCGUUUUCUACGGCGUAUUACCUGGCAAUCUGUGGUUAAUAAUUUCAUCCUCUCUGCGCGCCUCGUCCCGGGUCAUUCUAACGCCAUUGCCGAUGCUCUGUCUCUCCUUCAAUUUCAGAUCUUCCGCCGUCUCUGCCCUUCAGCAGAUCCUCUCCUGAUGCCAGUUACCUCUUUCAAGGAUCUCAUCCUGAAUUAAUCUCCCCUUCUCUCCGGCCUUUGCUCCAGUCUGCAAAAUUUUACGUUAAGAACGGCCUUGCACCUUCUACGUUUAAAUCCUACACCAUCACCUUGCACAAGUAUGCUAAAUUCUGUUCCCUCCACAAGACCCCACUUUAUCCUAUCCAAAUUAACACGGCCGUAGUUUUCAUUACCUAUUGUUUUGAUCAGCUUAAUCUCGCCCUCUUAUAUUCGCAGUCUUCUCGCCGGAAUUAACUUUUUCUCUCAGCUUCACCAGCCUUUCUCCUCAAGUAACCUUUUUUCUAACCAUGUGAUAAAGCUUCUCCUGAAGGGUAUUUCCCAUAUUCACCUGUCACUACCAGAUAGCAGGAAACCAAUCACACUUCCUAUCCUCAAUAAUUUGCUCAGUAAUCUUAAAUGCAGUUCCUAUUCUCCUUAUCUUCAGAGCCUCCUUAUGAGCUCUUUCCUAUUAGCCUUCUAUGGUCUCCUUCAUUUGGGAGAAUUCACAUCCCCAAACAACACUUUCAUUUCUUCUAGAGACCUAGCCGUUUCCGACCUCAGUUUCCACCCAGACUUCUACAGUUUAUCCCUUAAGCACUCUAAAGCUAAAAGAGCCUGUCCAUCAUUGCGGCUCGCACUAAUGGUCCGUUCUGCCCCUUUCGGGCCAUGUUUAAAUUUGUGCUUUUAAGACAUAAACUGAGCGUCCCCCCUGAACCUCUUUUCUUAACCCCAGAAGGCUCGAUCAUGUCAUCUGCAUGGUUUCUUAAACACGUGAGACUUUUACUAGCUGCAUGCAACCUCCUAUUACAGGUUUCAUUUCAAGAGUCCCGCCUCUCUCCGUUUCUCAGACCACUUCCCUGUGAGUCUACUUUAAGCUCCUCUCUGCCCCACAAUCAAGCAGCCCCGUUGCCAACCUUAGUAUAUUAGCUUCCUUGAAGUUAUCUCAAUAUCCCCUUAAUUGGCCUUCAUCCUUCAGCCCGGCUCCGCGCUAUCCCUGUAACCCCUCGACUGGCAUUCAUCCUCCAGCCCGGUUCCGUGCCAUCCCUGUAACCCCUCGCUGGCCUUCAUCCUUCAGCCCGGCUCCCCGCUAUCCCUGUAACCCCUCGGCUGGCCUUCAUCCUUCAGCCCGGUUCCGCACCAUCCCUGUAACCCCUCGACUGGCCUUCAUCCUCCAGCCCGGUUCCGCGCCAUCCCUGUAACCUCUCGGCUGGCCUUCAUCCUCCAGCCCGGUUCCGCGCCAUCCCUGUAACCCCUCGCUGGCCUUCAUCCUCCAGCCCGGCUACGCGCCAUCCCUGUAACCCCUCGGCUGGCCUUCAUCCUCCAGCCUGGCUCAACGUCAUCCCUGUAACCCCUCGCUGGCCUUCAUCCUCCAGCCCGGCUACGCGCCAUCCCUGUAACCCCUCGGCUGGC